AUGCCAAGACAAAUUUUAACCUUAACAAUUACUAUUUCUCACUUGGCUCAUCUAGUUAAAAUAUAUACUAAGUAUCUUCUUUGUUUUAAGCUUAGCUUCACAGAAAUAAAUCUUAUCAUGGAUCCUCAGUUACACACAUCUGGCAGCGGGUCGGCCGGCUCAGAAAAUAAUACUGAACCAAUGCUACUCCCCGUGUUCUCAGAUAAACAGGUCAGCAUUCAGACUCCCGAGUUCUGUUGGUUUUCCUUUUCUCUCUUCAUACUACCGGUGAGAUUAAGAACCCGGGCAAUGGGGUCGACGCAUAUCGGGGUAACCAAUUAA